UAGAGCGAGAGGGCGCCUGUGACAGUGGGCUGCUUUGAUUCAUGCUGCUGUGAAGCCUCAUUUUUGGACUUUGAGAACAAUUAAUGCGGCUGGAAAAGAGCGUAUGAAGGAUGAGAAGAUGAAUGUGGAGGCUCUAAGCAGGGCAGAGCUGUUGACUCUCCUUAGUAUUUUGGAGGGCGAGCUGGAGGCUCAGGAUGUGGUCAUACAUGCCCUCAGGGCUCAGCACAGAGACGCCUUCGUCCAAGAGCGUUAUGGCCAGUAUGACCUCAGCGAUCCAUUCCUGGCCCUGCAGCGGGACAGUGAGUCAGAGGAGCGCCAGGACACCCUCACCCAUCAACACACACACCUGCAGGGCCGUGCGGUGACCACCAACCCCCUGGCUGUCCUUAAACUGGUCAUGGCUCACUGUAAGAGGAUGCAGGAAAGGAUGAUGGGACAGUUGGCUGCUGCUGAGAAUCGACACAGGAGGAUGAUAGCUGAUCUGGAGGAGGAGAAAAGACGUCAUGCCCAGGACUCUGCACACAGUGAUGACUUCACCUUCAAGCUGCAGAUAGAAAAAGAGAAGCUGCUACAACAGUUGGAAGUAGAGCGUGCCACGGUGCGGAGGUUAGAAGACGAGCAAGUACAGGCAGUGAGCCAGGUGGAGGAGUCACUCUCGCAGCAGCAGCAGCUCUCCUCAUCUCUCACUCUGGAGCUAAAGAAGGCCAGCAGCCUGGCUCAGGAGGAGACCCAGAAGGUCUCCCAGCUUCGCACCUCGCUCCAAGAACAGACCUCCGCCUUGGAGAAGCUCCGGGACGUUCUUCAGGAAGAGAAGAGCAGGGCUGCCCAGCUGGAGGCCAAGUCUGAGAGGCAGCUGGCCGAGUUUAACACAGAAAGAGAUCAGCUGACGGCCACGAUCAGCAAAGAGGAGGAGAGGAGUAGGGAGCUCGAGAAGCAGCUGGAGGAGCUGAGGAAGAGGUUGGCUGAGACUGGAGGAUGUAAGGAAGAGGUAAAGGAGGCUGUGGCAGAAGUGACAGAGUCAGUUUCCGAGGUGAUGGUGGUGUCUGACUCCGUUCCGACUGAGACAGAUGGAAAGAAAGCGACUAAAUCUCCAUCAGUGUCAAAGGUCAACGGCUUUCACACUCAAAAAGAGACAGAGCUGGAAGGGAAAGGGGCAGAAAAUGGAGCAGUUGUGGAAAAUGGGGGAGGAGUGCACUUGCAUUCGCCUCUUCACCCUCAUCUUCACCCUCAUCCUCCCUCUCCGUCCAGCACAGCCUCCUCUUCCCUCUCUUCCUCACCCAUCUCCUCCCCUGUUCUCGCCAAGCGUCUGGGUAGCCCCGGCUUCCAUCAGUCCUCCUACCAGGUCGGAGUCAACCAGCGUUUCCAGGCCGCCAGGCACAAGUUCCAGAGUCAGGCCGAGAUGGAGCAGCAGCUGCACGGUGGCCCCCUUUCCCCCAGGGACCUCUCCCCCACCACCACCACCACCACCUCCUCCUCCGUCCUUCCCCCAGCAGAGCACAGCACAGCCAAGCAGCUGGCGCGCAACACAGUCACUCAGGUGCUGUCCCGCUUCACCAGCCAGCAGGCGGGUGUCAAGCUUGCACCAAUCAGCAGCUCCCCAUUUGGCACAGACUACCGUAAUGUAGCGGCAACUCCUCCAGGAGGGAGGUCGCCAUCUUCGGGGCCUUUGUCUCCGGGCAUCCGCUCCCCCCUCACUCCUCGCUCAGAGAAAAUCCAUCCUCCUCCGAUCCCUCCCAAGAAGCCAGGCAUGAGUCCCACACCAGGCUCUCCGAGUCACUCUUCUCGGAGCAGCCUCUUCCCAGAGCUGACGGGGAACUGUGGCCACAGCAACACUGGGCAAGAAGGGAACAAGGAGCCAGACCUGCUUUUAUCUUCUAGUAGCUAACAGCCAGAUCAUGCACACUAUCUCCUAUAUCGUGUCAGGCCUAAAUCAACAGUCAUAUUUAAUCUUACCAGCCUUUAAGGCACUUCAUAAAGCUCAUAAACAGAAGAUUAGACACUUUAAAGUCAGAAGGGUCCAAAUUAAUGGAUUUAAAAGUUUGUUGAAACCCAGCUUCACCUAUACCAGAACCCAAAAAAACAAUCGGAAAAUAACUGUUUUGAUCAUAAUAUAGUAAAUUACAGUUUGUCAAAGUAUGAUUUCAUAUUUUUAGUCUGAAUUAUUUGUUAAGUCUAAGGUUUAAUAAUGGAAAUAUUUAUGCUGUUUUUCACUGAACACUAUAUUAAGGAUGAUUGGAAGCCAUAUACAGUUAAAAAAAAAAAAAAGAGCUCAGCAUAAGUGUUGUUCGGCUAUGAGGUAAGAAUUGAUCAUAUUUCAUUGUAUAAAACUCCUUUUACUUUCACUUAAUGCUCAAAUUGUUGGUCCUGCUAGAUCACAUAAAAGAUUUAGGUCAGAAGCGAAAUUAAAGAGCUAGUUUUUACAUGUCACAUGUAGAGUAUAGCAAAUAUGUAGCUUUCACCAUUUAACAAAAGAAAAAGUGUCGUUUUUCAACAUGUUUUUCACUUUUUUCUAAUAAAUUUAUUCUGGAGAUGGUCCUUUCAAACAAUAUGAUAAUGUAAAUAGUUUAUAUGGAAUUGGAAGUUGAUUUUCUAUGAAUGAAGCCAUGCAUGUGCUGUUUUUCUUUCUAUUACACUUGUCAUGAAUACACUGAAUCUUCUCUUAAAAAGGGACACUGUAUAGUGCUACAAAUUAAAAUACUUUAUAUCUACCAUGUUCAAUGUUUUUCAGGGAAAGUUCAUUUCUGCUUCUCCCAAACCAAGAAGGACUAUAAUACGAGUCUUCAAGUUAUUCCAUUCAUGCCCAUGAUAGGGUUGUAAAUCUUGCUACUGCAGCUGUUGUUUCUAGUGUUUGUUGAAUCUUUUUUUAUUGUACACCGAUCAGAAGUUUGUUUUAUGUUUUUUUUGGCAUUAAAACUAAUACUUGAUGCAAAGUAUUUAUUUUAGCCAAUUAUAUGUGUAGCUUUAUACACUGUAUUUCUGAAGGGCAUUUUCCCUCAGCUGUCUCUAGUAAAUAUGAACCAUGAACCCCUGCACCAUCUAAUGCGAUUUCAAAUAAACUGUCUAUGCCUUACAGUUCUGUUUGUCAACCUUUUUCAAUAAAAUCAGAUCUUUGGCAACCCUUUGAA